GAAGAAAAAGCAGUCCAGUUCUAUACAUUUGCUCACUGUGCGUGGUUCGGAAGUUUUGCGAGCGACUUUUCUGCGCCAAGUUUUUUUUACACCCGUGCGAAAGUUUCGUUUUCCUCGUUUUCCGUGCUGAGUAUUCGAGUGUUCGCGUGUCGCGUGCCCCCAGCCGACCAGUGAUGGAUCUUGCCAAACUCAAGGUGGCCGACCUAAAGGCCGAGCUUGCGGCGAGAAAUUUGGACACCAAGGGAGUGAAAGCGGUGCUACUGGAGCGCCUGAAGGAAGCGAUCGAACGCGAAACCAACGCGGCUGCCACCAGCGUUGACCCGAACGGCCAACAACAGUAUCUGGCACAGCAGCAGCAGCAGCAUCAACAACAACAGUUGCUAAUGCAGCAACAGCAACUGCAGGCGCAGCAGCAACAGCACGCCCAGCAGCAACUUUUGGCUCAACAGCAACAACUACAGCAGCAGCAGCAGCAAAAUGUUGCAGUUGCCGAGCAGCAGCCACUGCCCCAAGAGCAAACGAUUGAGGACCUUUCUAUGUCAAGCAAGCGAGUUGACACACCGGUACGGCGGCGCAGCACUCGGCGUUCCAUGACACGAUCACCAUCGCCGCCCAACAGCUCGGCGGACAAUCCACACGCCUCGCUGAUGGGAAGUGCCCGCAAGCGGGGCCGAUCGCGCUCGAUGACAAAAUCGCCCUCCCCCCAGCGGCUGACCAGUGAGGCACCGUGUCUGGAAUCGGUACAGGAGGAGGAGCCCGAGCCGGUCAGUGCGGCACCAGAGCAGCGGUUAGCGAGCGCCGAACAGCCGGCCGCAUCAACCGAGCCCAAAAUGGAUGAAAGCAGCAGCACGGCACCGGUCGUUGAAGCCCCUCCAGCACCUUCAGCGCAGUCGGAACCGGCACCUGCGACGGCAACGGCACCAUCCGCCAUGGAGGUUGAAGAGAGUGAAACGGACGCUCCGUCGGCGGAACCGGCCAAGGAAGAAAAUGUAGCACCGGCCGCGGCCCCCGCGGAAACGACGGAUGGCUCUGCGGCAGAACAAGCUGCACCGUCCGAGACGAAGGAGGAUGAGAAGAAGACAACGACUGAAGAAUCUGCAAAGCCGGCCGAAUCCAGCGAAGCGGCCAAGCCUGCCGCCGCCAGCAGCGCUGGUGGCGAAACGGGCUCGAACAGCAAAUCUAAGGCGGGACCCACGAAAGCCGAAAAGAAGCAGUCUGGUCAGCAGCAGGCGCAGAACAAUGUGGUUGAGUUCGUGUCGGAGGAAGUAGAACCGCAGCUGUCCGCGGAGGCGGAGAAAACGUUCACGCUCAGCUGGUAUGAUUCGGAUCUAAAUCUGGCCCUCGACGAUAAGGAUCUGCUCUCGGCCAAGCCCCUAUCCGACGGCAUAUUUGGUCUGGUGUGGGCCGGCGUCCGUGCUGGCCGGGGCGUCACGGGCGGCAAAGUGUUGUACGAAGUAUUAGUGAUGGACGAGCUGCAGCCAGCCACCAAAUCGCCUCUGGUCCCGGACGGCGAAAAACCGACGGCCGAGAUGCGAAUAGGCUGGUCUACGGCGACGGAAGGCAAACGGCAACUCGGUGAGAUGGACCAUUCCUUCGGCUACUCCAGCUGUGGCAAGAAGGUGGUCGGGGGCAACUUCGAGGAGUACGGCAAGCCGUACGGGAAGGGCGAUGUGGUGGGCGUCUACCUGGACCUGGACGCGACGCCCUGCUGCAUGCAGUUUACGGUGAACCGCGUCCGACAGGGGAACGCGUUCGAGUUCGAAAAGGACAGUUUGGACGGCAAAGCACUAUUCCCGCACGUGUACGCCAAGAACCUGUCGUUCAAGGUGAACUUUGGCACGGUGGAGGACGGGCUCCCGCUGGUGGAAAAGAAAAAAGAACCAGCAGUCGAGCCGGCCACUGAAAAGAGCGACAGCGCGGAGGCGUCGUCGAACAAGGACACCACCACGGACGGUGAAAAAGCCUCAACGGAAGAGGCCAAGGUGGAAGGCGAUGAUGCUCCAAAAGAAGAAUCGGCACCGGACAAUAGUGCGAAGAAGGAAGCGGAGGAACAAGAUGAAGACAUCAAAAUGGAGGAAACGGUAAAGGAGGCUGAGUCAGCGGACGAACAGCCGGCGGAAAAGGUACCCUUCGACGAGGCGUACACAUUCCUGAACCGUUUCAUGGAAGAGAAUGGAGAUUGCGUUGUGGAAGGAUUGAAGGGCCCGUCGGCUAGGGAUAGCUGCGAGCUCGUAAUGAUGAUUGGACUGCCGGGAAGCGGCAAAACGACGUGGGUACAAAACUACCUGAAGGAAAACGCAGACACUUCGUUUACCUUGCUGAGUAUCGACAGUUUGCUGGAGAAUAUGAAGGUAUUGGGUAAGGUGCGUGAACCUUCCAACACACCGCAAUGGCAGAAGGUGGUGGAGCAGCUGUCGCGCAACAUGGCACGGUUGAUCGAGAUCGCUUGCAAGCGCAGAAGACACAUCCUCAUCGAUCAGACCAAUGUGUUUGCUUCGGAGCAAAAGCGACGCCUGAAAGGGUUCGGCGGCUUCAAGACGCGCCGUGCGAUCGCGGUGAUACCAAAUCUGGAGGAGUAUAAGCGACGGUAUGAGCAGAAGGUGGCCAAAUACGGCGCGGAAGUACCUGAAACGACUCUGAACACGAUGAAAGCAAACAUUUUUGUGCCCACGCUGGAACAAAAAUGGUACACGGAAAUUGUAUUCGCCGAGCUGCCGGAAACCGAGGCACAGGAGACGCUGAAAAAGAUGAACGAGGAGGGCCGCAAGCUGCUGCCGCCCCGGCGAAACCGCGCCAAUCAGGCGAACCGACAGAAGCACAACAACAAUAACAACAACAACAACAGCAACAGCAACGCGAACAGCAACUACACGUCGCGCUGGAACCACAACCGUCCGCAGGGCGGCGGUGGCCAGCAGUACGGCAAGAACCGGUACGGCAACAACUCGGGCGGCGGUGGCUACGGCAACCGCUACGGCAACAAAUCGAACGACAGUGUUGGUCAGUACGGCGGUGGGCACCAUCGUGGCGGGGCCGGCGAUUACCGAAGCGGCAAUGGGUACGGGCGCCGGGACGAUCAUCAUCGCGGUGGCAACUAUGGCAGCGGGGGAAAUCGGUACGACUCCUGGAACCGCAACAGUGGUGGCGGAGGAUAUUACAAUGAACGCGGCUACUCGAACCGUGGCUACAACCAGCAGCAGGAUCAUUCCACUAACCGAUACGAUGCACGUCGUCGCGAUCGUCGGGGAUAUAACAACAGUUCGAACUGGAAUGCGCAGGGCGGACAGCAGCAGUGGAAUAAUAGCUAUCAAAAAUCGGGCAACUCGGAUUCGUGGUACUUAUGGUGGCAGUCGAACCUGAACAAUCUGCUUGCGGCGAACGGUGGCAACGCGGACGGAUCGGCGGCCGCUUCCUCCUCCUCCUCCGCCGCCACCGCACACCAGUGGAACCAGUACGGUGGUGCCAGCGGGCAUCAGUCCUCGUCCUCGUACGGACAUUACAACACGAAGGGUUCCGGCGGCAGCAUGGGAUGAAGGCAGCGGCAGUAGACGACGCGCAGGGGACGGCACCGCAGCAGAGAAACGGUUUUCGAUUUGCACCCAUUGAACCUGACUGUAGUUUGUAAUGUGUAAAAUGAAUUAAGCGACUUAGUUGAAAUUUUAUGCUUAAAAUACACAACACCGAUCCACCCACCCUCCACCCAUCACCAUUCAUCGUCAUACACAAACAAUGCGUUUUCCACACACACACACAUGACAUUUAUUAGUGUUACGCGAGAGGAGAGCACGUUUAGGUUCGUUGAUGAUGCACUUCAGACAAAGAAGCAACAAAAAGCCCUUCAGAAAGUAAUACGGAGCGGGGAGAGACGAUAGUCGAUAUACGCACGUACACCCGAUAUCUAGCAGCAACGGUACAGUAACGGUUUUAUUAGUGACAAACAAGCAAGUGUGUGUAUGUGUGAGUGAGCUAAAUAUGUAAGUGCACGAAAGUUCGAUUUUAGGAAGAAAAAAAAAUCCCGGGCAAGCGCCACCGAGCGCUCUGUACCGCGAGAGUCAUGUACACGCCGCGUGGUGGAGAUGCUAAUUUAUGUGUAAUAUGUUUUUUUUUAAAUCUAUACAAUACCUAAGACAAAGCUCGAUCGAUCGAUGUUCAACAUUAGCAUGGAUUAAGCGUGAAAUGGAGGAUGGUUUUGCGUUUAGUAGCAGCAGCAGCAGCACAGGCAGUUAGAAGUAGUACUAUUCUUGGUAGGUACUAGGUUAUUAUUUUUUCUCGUUUUUUUUAUAUAAAAUAUUAUAUAUUCUUCAGUAAGAUUUUUUGUGUGUGGAUUUGUACAGUUAUGGCACCGCCCCAACCGUAUCGUUGUAACCUUUUGGCCGUCUGUUGCAUUAUUUGAGUUUUGUGCACUCUUAUCCUUAACACAUUUGGUACAAUGGUAAGUCUCGUUUAACUUAGCUUCUAGGUGUGCGCUACCUGAACCCAAACGGAAACAAAACCAUUCGCCAUUUGGGUAACUCUUUCAGUAACAGAAAAAAAAACAUUUAGUAGUACAAUAAUGUAACGAGACGAGAAAACAAGAAACUGUUAGGUGCGGUCGUUUUUAUCGUUUUUCUUUUCUUUUUUAUUCAUUUUUAUUUUUUAAUUCAUCGUUUUCUUAGCGUCUGAGUUAAGCGUGUUAAGGUGUAGGGAGAGAGAGAGAGAGAGAAAGAGAGAGGAGAGAGAGGGAGGAAGAGAGGAGAGAGAGAGAGAGAGAAGAGAGAGGGAGGGAGCGAGAAUGAGUGACAAAACCCCACAAAAUAAUGGCUUCAAUUAGGCCUUAUUUUCACUAAGAAAUGGUACUGAGACUGUGUGCUUGCAUGUGUGUGUGUGUGUGGUGAAGAUUUUUCUUUUAGUGAAGAGUAACGUAACCAAUAACAUCAUUUCGAUAAGAAGAAGAAGCAGAGGGCAGUAGAGGGAAGGGAUGAAGACGGAAAAGGAAAUAUAAAUGUAAUACAAGAAGCAACAACAGCAAAAACACAUAACCUCCCCCUUUUCUCUCCCUCUCCCUCUCUGUUGUUUUUCUGAAAGGGGAGAGCGUCUAUAUAUAAAUAUGUAAGGAUUAACUAAAAUGCAAGCAAAACAAAACUCAAAAGCAUUGUAAAACGAGUAAACAAACAGAAGAGCACACUACACAUACUUUGGCGUGGGUUUAAUUCCUCCCCUCCUGCCCCCCAUUAAAUUUAAACAAAAACAAAACAUUAUUCUUAUAACAAAUACAAUUGUGUAUCCUAAAUGAUUGCAAAUUCUCACCUCCCCCUGCCCCCCCCCCCUCCUUCCUUCACACGUGUAUAAGCAAACAAAUACAAAACAAGAAAAAGAGUUCGUAAAUUAGUAUUAGAUUGAUUGCAAGUUGGACAAAAAGCAAAAGCAAAAAACUGGGUAGCAUUUCCGUGAAGGAUGAACAACAUUUGGAGAUGCUGUUUUUUUCGUAUUGCCAUUGCUGCAACAAGAAAGCAGUACCAGCGAGAGUGCAUACAAAAUCAGCUAUAAAGAAAUACUAACAAAUCCAACUCUCUCUCUCUCUCUCUCUCUCUCUUUCUCACACACACUCUGUCGCUAUCCACUUGUCUAUACUUAAGGUACAAAUAAAUGGAAUCAGUCCAUACCUAGAGAA